AUUUCAAUGACCCACAUAAGGAAACCAGUUAGAAACCCCCAAGUAAAGUAGAAAUUUCAAUCUCCAAGCAAUUCUGUGGCGAUUCCUCACCUUUUUUUUUUGACAUUAACACCUUUCAUAUUCAUCGCAAUCUUAUUAUUACACACACCCACAUUCAAAUUUCACUUCCCCACUUCUUGUUCUCACUCUCAAACCCAAUAAUGGGCGCACCCAACUCAUCCCCAGCGGAGCAGAGCCGGAAUGGCCCUUGACCCACUUCCCCACCAUUCUUCCCGAUGGGGAAAAACGACGGAGAACACCCACCGCCCUCCGCCGUCGGUUCCGCUCAGUCCCAAGGCCGAUGCUGUUCUGGGUGUGUUUCAAUUCGAAGGCUCAUUGGCUUCAAAUGCAUCUUCAUUCUGCUAUUGUCCGUUGCCUUGUUCGUUUCUGCUGUUUUUUGGCUGCCCCCUUUUUUCCAUUAUGCAGAUCAAAAGGAUCUGGGUCUUAAUCCCUCGUAUCGAGGUCAUGAUAUAGUAGCAACGUUCGUUGUUGAGAGACCAGUUUCUUUGCUGGAAGACAAUAUCGAGCGACUCCGGACCGACAUUUUUGAAGAGUUCCCUAUACCUUCUAUCAAAGUGGAUAUACUAUCUUUAAACUCUUUAUCAGGAUCAAACCGUACAAAAGUUGUAUUCGGCAUUGAUCCAGAUACUGAUGAUCCCGAAAUCCCGUCAACUUAUCUGAGUUUAAUCAGGUCGACCUGUGCAAGUCUAGUAACAAAUCAGUCGUUCCUCCGCAUUACUAAAUCCAUGUUUGGGGAGGCGUUUUCGUUUGAAGUACUGAAAUUCCCCGGAGGAAUAACGAUAAUCCCGCCUCAGAGUGCAUUUCUUUUGCAGAAAGUUCAAAUUCUUUUCAACUUUACAUUGAACUUCUCUAUUCAUCAGAUUCAAGUACAUUUCAGUGAACUGACAAGCCAAUUGGAUGCGGGAUUACGACUAGCUCCCUACGAGAUUUUGUAUAUUAAACUGUGGAAUGCGGAAGGGUCGACUGUGACUGCCCCAACGAUUGUCCAGUCAUCUGUUCUUCUAGAAGUUGGAAAUACGCCAUCGAUGCAACGGUUGAAGCAGCUAGCUCAGACCAUCUCUGUUUCUAAUUCUAGCAACCUCGGCCUGAAUAAUACCGAGUUUGGAAAAGUGAAGCAAGUUCGCCUUUCCUCGAUUCUUAAACACUCCCUCAAUGGUAUGGAUGGGAAAGGCCCCAUAAGGUCACCUUCUCCAGCUCCUACACCACAGUCCCAUAACUUCCAUCAUCCACCAUCUCACCACCAUCACCACCAUCAUUCUCCUCUAACGCCUGUAAUUUCACCUGCCCCUGCGCCUGAGACAGGUGCACCGGAAUAUGGGUUGCCUGCCCCUAAAAGUGCAGCAUCGCCUAAGCGAAGUUACGAGGCAAAGCCUCCUGGUUGUCAAUAUAAGAGGAAAUCUGGUAGGAAAGAGGGAAAGCAACCUUAUUUAUCCCCGCUUGCGUCGCCCAGCAUAUCUCCUGUUCAUUCUGCUGCAUCGCCAUCACAACAACAUCAUGUCUCUCCAACUCAGGCAUCGACUCCAUUGCCAAGUGUCAUUUACGCUCAUGUUCAACCACCAUCGAAAAGUGAGUCCAACCACCCCGAAAAGUCCACGACGAGUCCAUCCAUUGUGCCAUCUCCAUCUCCAUCUCAAUCUAGCGCACAUCAUUGGUGUAUGAUUACUCGGUGGAGAUUCACACUGUCUCUAAUUGUCGCAUUCUACAUGUAACAUUAAGAAAGAAGACUAGUGGUUUUGUGAUGAGCACGUGUCGAUAACGACGAGAGAUGCUUAUAAGUGUGAGAAAAGGAAAGCAAAGGAAAAGGAGGCAUUGGUUGUUGAAUGAAAGUGUGUAAAUAUGAUGCCUGAUUAAGAAAGUUGUUGCAGGCAGAUGCAGUUUCAGGUCAAAGCCCACAGAGGUGGCAGGCCUUCAGAAACUUGCAUAUUUUCCCACUCUUUUGUGUAUUAUCUUAUCAUCUUCUUCUCCAUAAAAUGCAAAGAGAAAAAGAAAAAGAAGAACCAACAUAGCAAAAUGCUUAACUUUUUUCUUUUACCUUCAUUGUUUUUUUCUCUCAACCCUUUUGUUUGUAUGUAUAUGUAAGCAAACACAUAAAACAGUCUAUGCCUUGCCUUUUGUGUGGGUCGGAACUAUCUUGAAGGCACCUUUCUCGUUCGAGAAUUUGUGGCAUGUCAAGUCCCGGUAAGGUUUUUAUAAACUUAUGAUCAUGAC